AUGCCCCCAGAUACGACAGCCACAAUGGCAGAUGCUGGAAUUGAUUUUGACGAGGAGCAGUACGACUCUGCUGACGACGAAGACUUCACUCUUGACCAAGCAGCCCAAGAAGACGAGGACGCGGAGCUUUCGUCCUCCGAGUCGGAGAAUGAGGCGACAGCAGGAGAACCGGAUGCCAAGAGGCGGAAAACCAAAGCGACAACAGAUAAGAUUGCGCUGGAUGGCUCGGAGCUGGAUUCAGGUGAUGAGGCGAUGAUCCGCAAAGCGAAGGAGAAGAAGCAGAAGCAGAAGCAGAAGCACAAGGGCAAGGGCAAGGGGAGGAAGGGAAGCGAUGAAGAGGAUGAAGCUGUGGAUUUCGAUGACGAUGAGGAGGGCGGGGCUGGAGGAUUUGUGAAAACGCGAGCGAUGAGGAUGCAAAUGCAAGAAGAGCGAAAACCGCUUGCGAGAAUCGACGGCGCCACGAUUGAUGUCGAUGCAAUAUGGGCCCAGAUGAACGCCCCUAAUCAGGGGUUAACGUCGUCGGAACUUGAGAAGGACACCGCCCUCAUUGACGGCGAGAAGGAGGACGUUGAAAUGCACAGUCAGGAAAACAUUGCUCCGGCCAGCCAAGAGAAGCGGUCUCUAGCAAAGUAUUCUGAGGGAAUGAUAAAAAUCAAGCGCACCUACAAGUUCGCGGGAGAAACCAUCACAGAAGAGAAACUGGUUCCGAGGGAUUCAGCGGAGGCGAAACUCUUCAUGGCUAGCGAGAAGGAUGGCGAGGCCGUGGCGUCGACGAUGGAUGAUAAUGAGAUCUCGAAGGAGGCACUGAAACUUCGUCGACCGUUGCGUAAAGUCUCGCGGUUUGAUCCCAACCCAACCGGGACUAUCAAGAAGAGCUGGGAGAAGCAGGCUAUUCCGGCAGGUGCUGGCCAGGAUGAGAAUGCCGGUGGACCGAAGAUCAAUACUGUUGAGAAGUCGCGGAUGGACUGGGCUGCGUAUGUCGACAGUGCUGGCAUCAAAGACGAACUUAGGGUUCAUAGCAAGGCCAAGGAAGGGUUCCUUGGUCGUAUGGAUUUCUUGGAUCGUGUCGAUGCAAAAAGAGAGGAUGAAAGGCGGAAUGCACGCCUCAAAGGGAGGUAA